ACAUUGCGCUUCGUGCUUCCUAGUGCGCAGGACUGUUGCACGUGGAUCACCCGUUUCCAUCGAGAGAACUUCACCAAAACACCCAUUUUAAUUCUGUUCAACUAAAUCACAACGUACAGCAAAAACUGCAGAUACUAAAAGAUAAAAGUGAAAAACACAACGUGCUGUUAGUGCGUGACGACGGAAAAAGGAGCCCAUGAAAAUAGCAUUCGCUGUUGAACGGUUGGAGUUCGUUGCUGUUUACGUUCGUCAGUAAACAGCAGCAAGUUUGUCCAUGCUGAUCACUGUUCUUGUCUCCGUUAUCAACAGUACAAGGGACUGACGCGACGCCCUGGGAAGGUGGGAUCGAGGUCCUUGCGAGAUCAAAGGUUGAACAAGGAAGAAGCUCUUCGUCGGCAGCCUCUCACGAUGAGGGAAAGUGACGUCACAAGGAACUGAGCGCGUGCGUCAUCCGUUGUUACAUUUCUCUGGAGUGAUCGAAAGUGUAUCAGAACACUGUGAUUGCAUUCAGACCGAGACGUUUCAGUGGAAAGUAGUUUUUUUCUGGCUCCAGUGACAUUCGUAGACUCCAGUGAAACUAACUGGCAGAGAACUAACUUGAUCGGUGAACUAUUUACGAGGCAGUUUUGCCGAACCCACUGAAAAGGGACCUUUGCCAAAGGAUUAACCGAAUCAGGUAGCAAGACAGGAAUACAAGGCACAAGUUCUACAUCGUUUGCAUCAAGUCGCGAAGACUUUCAAUUGUAUUUCGGCGAAGAGAAGUUUGCGAAGGACAUAAAAAAUGACGCUCGGCAUAGUCGACAUCGUGCUGCUCAGCAUCUCCCUCAUCGCGAGCGCCGCCAUCGGCAUUUACUAUGGCGUCCGAGGGCUCCAGUCCACCCCCUUGGAGUACCUCCUCGGAGGGCGGUCGAUGAAGCCGUUCCCGCUCGCCAUGAGCAUGAUGGUGGGGACCAUUUCGGCAAUCACAAUCAUGGGAAAUGCCGGGGAAAUGUACGCCUACGGCACCCAGCUGUGGGUCAUGGAUGUGGGUAUCGUCAUAGGGAUGACGAUCGUCGCCAAAGUCUUCAUACCCAUCAUGUACCCGCUCCAGGUGGUGUCGCUGUAUCAGUACAUCGAGAGGCGCUUCAAGUCCAAGAGCUUGCGUAAGGCGACGGUCGUCCUUCAGCUCCUGGGCGGCUACUUCUUCAUCGGAUUCGUCCUGUAUCCUCCAUCCAUCGCCCUCGAGUUCUUCACGGGUCUCCCCAUCAUGAUCAACAUCUUCAUCAUGGGCGCCACAUGCACCCUCUACUCGGCAUUCGGAGGAGUGAAAGCAGUCGUGUACGCGGACGCCUUCCAGGCUCUGGUCAUGGUCGCUGGCGUCUUGGCCAUCGUGAUCCAAGGGUCGCUGACGAUGGGGGGGCUCGACAACAUCUGGGACAUCGCAUAUCACGGUGGCAGGAUCGAAUUCUUCAACUUCAAUCCCGAUCCCUACCAAAGACACAGCUUCCUGCUGUGUGUCACGUUCGGACUCUUCUUCUCCCUGAGCACCUACGGCGUCAACCAGAGCCAGACGCAAAGGUUCUUCAGCACUGGCUCCGUCAAGCAAGCACAGAGUGUCUUGUACUACGCCGCUCUGGGAAUGGUGUUCCUCAAGGCACUGAUCCAUCUGGCCGGCCUCGUCAUGUACGCCCACUUCAAGGAUUGCGACCCCAUCACCAGUCCGACGACCAAGGUGCCAGAUCCGUCAGUGGUGGUGGUUUUCUAUGUGGUCUACGUCCUGACGAAAAUCCCCGGAAUGGCUGGCGUCUUUGUGGCCGCCAUCUACGCAGCUGUGCUCAGUUCGGUGUCAACCCAGCUGAAUUCCAUGACUGCUUUGCUCUGGGAAGACUUCCUGAAGGAAAUUCGUAAGCUGGGAAACUAUUCUGAGGUCAAGAAAGGAGCUCUCCAGAAGGUCAUAGUGUUCCUCUCCGGAAUCCUGGGCAUCGUCCUGGGCCUACUCGUCUCCCAGAUGGGCAACUCUUUCCUCCGGACUCUGUUUGCCAUCAACGGAGCCCUUUCAGGACCCUUGAUCGGCCUGUUCCUCGUAGCUGUCUACUUGCCCUGGAUCAACGUCAAGGGAGCCUCCGUCGGUUUCAUCACCUCCAUCGUCCUCAACAUCUGGAUCGCCGUCGGGCAGCUCUUCACCCAGACGAAGACGCCGUUCCUGCCCUUGUCGCGGGACGGCUGCCCAACCCCUCCGCUCCCGGUCAAUGCCACAACACCCGCACCAGUCCUGACCUCCGCUUCGAGCAUCCUCGACGAAGCAGCGACUGCGGAGACGCCCAUCAUGAGUGGCACCGACGGCUCAGAUCACAGCAUCUACGCCCUCUCCUACUGCCUGAACUCGGUCUGGGGAACUCUCAUGUGUAUCAUCGUCGCCAUAAUAGUUACGGUUGUCACAGGUACAAACGCCCCAGAGGACGUCGACAAGUCGCUAGUCUCCACGAAGUCGUGGUCUUUGUUCGAGAGAACGCCCUCCCUGCAGGGACGAGAACCUCUGAUCAAGACCUUCCUGAGGCGGUCGUCCUCCCGCAUCCCACGGAACGAAGGCACCAAAAGAGACGCAGAGAGUCCUGACGAAAAGGAGCCCUUGCCUGGACCGAGAGAACUGCAGGACGCCAAGAACGUGGACGACAGCGACUGCAGAGGGGCCGUCUGAGGGAGCUGUCGUCGCUGAAGGUGUUUGGUUUCGUGAGAGAGAGAUUCGUACAAAGGAAGAUGGCGGCAGGCGUGAGAGAGCAGCCUCCACUGACAGUUCUUUUCCUCUGGACAGGCUUCUGGACGUCACAGAAGGAAUUGCCGUCCAGUACUCGGUGGAUCAAAGAACGUAGAUUCGUUGAACCCUGAUAUUACAUUCUCUAAAAGUGAGAUUAAUUUAAGUUUUCUGAAAGUGCUACGGACGCAACUGAACGAUUGUCGUUGUAGGGAUGUCUGGGCUGAGAGCUGUCGACCGACUGUUCCACAGUCGGAGUGAGUGGACACGGACAACUCGCAGAUGACGAGUUGUGAAUUGAUGUGACAGAUGACAUCAGGCGAUCAGUCAUCGAGUGAUCAAAAUUACUGACUGUCGAAAAUUGUGAACAUUUAGAUUAUUUAAACUGAAGUGACGAUUGCGAAUCUGUCCAGAUUCAUUUGCACUGAAAAGAAUGAGUCAUGUUUAAUGGUGCUAUUUGUGUAUUGUUAACUGCUGUAGAUACUACUUAGGUUAAGAAAUUUAAUGAUAAUAUUUCUGUGUCUAUGUAAUAUGCUGUACUUUGCGUGAACUGUGAAUCCAUUAUUCCUUCUUGCCAAUACAUUGUAGUAUUGAUUCCCGCAGACCUCCAACCUCCGUUUCUCCUCAUUUCCAAAUUUGUGUUCUUUCCUUAAGUCUCAUCUCGAAGAUAGUGAUAUAAACCAAACAUCUAUUUUUCGUAGUAGCAUUUAAUGGAAAAAAAAAUCCGGAGAAAGCGACGUGAGUGACCCCAUUUCCUGUUACGAAAGAAGUGUGCUUACCAAGACAAAUUUGACACAGGAUACAAAUUGUAGCAUUUCUAUCUCCGGUGUUAUAAUGAAUCCGGGUUUUGAGAAACUUUAAAUUUAAACUGCGUGACUUCUUGCGAGAGGGAGCGAAUCUUUUGUCAUUAUCCAAAAAUUCACUAUAAUAGGAGUUUUCAUUAUCCAAAAUUUCACUAAAAUGGGAGUUUUCAUCAUCCAAAAAAUCACUAUAAUUGGAGUUCUCCAUCCAAAAAGUCACAAUAACGGGCGUUUUCAAUGUCUAAAAAUUCACUGUAAUGGGAGUUCUCAAGAUUCAAAAAUUCACUAUAACGCGAUUUUUCAAUAUCCAAAAAGUGAAAAUAACGGACAUUUUUAAUUUCUAAAAAUU